UUUUGUCAGCAAAUGGUGGGUAGCUGUUCACCAGUCACGUUGUUCCGAAGCUCUGCAAAAAUAUUGCCGUUAUGGGGUUAUUAAAUGUACAAAGACAUCUAAUAUAUCAUAAAAAUCGAACGUUGUAACUUAUAACAAAAAUAUACUCUUGAGGGGAACGGGGGAGGAAGAAAGAAAGAGACAGAGAAAGAAUACAAAAACGUCAGUAAAACAACGUGCAGAUCAAUCCUUUAGGAGAAUUUGUUUUUUACUGAAAAUUGUUAAAAGAUUACGACUUUGAACUUUCGGAUAUCUUUUGAAUCCUAUGUUUCAAGGUGUAAUCUAUUAGAAGAAAAAAGGAAAAAGAAAGAUAUAGGCAAACUUAAACGGAACCAAAUCUUAUUUCUUAUUGGAUUCAAUUCAAAAGAAAGGGAAAGUUUGGCGAAUUAUAAAAAUGGGCUCCACGAAACAAGAAGAUAGAUUACUCGGCGUUGGAAUAUCUUUGCCACAGUGGAUCAAAGGCCGAACCAACAAUAGAUGUGAUAUCAACGACACCACGUUUAGUCCACCAUCUCACGACGACAGCUUCUUUUACAUACCAUAUCCGAAGACACAAAAUCGAUCAUCGGUUUCGCAAGAAUAUCGGCCGAUUGACGAAGUUUUUGGCAAACAAAAUAUUACUUCAUCAACAAAUAACGUGAAAGUACAGGAUACGCAACAACAGUUUACUGAGGAGAAGAAAAAAAAUCAGGAAAUUGAUUUCAGCAAGCAUCCCUUACCUUGUCAACCAUUUAUACCAUCAACUUCAACAGCGAACAAAGAAAACGGAAUUAAAUCAAGUCCGAAGGAAUUACUGACCAAUAAUACGAAGAUCACAAAAUCACAGGGAGUAGAUGAUGGAUUUCACGGCAAGCCAGCACUUUGUGGAAAGUCAAUUGUUCUUGUAGCUAAUCAGAUGAUGUCUAACAAAUUUCACGAGACUAUUUCGGCCGAGCAGGCCGCCAGUCAACCCAGAAGAGGAAGCAAAUCUUUACCCGCCACUCCAGUCGCUUCGCCAUCAGGCAGUCCAAGCGGUUCGCCUAAGGCUCGUCGUCGUGUUUCUUCCAAUCGAUACUUUGCAGGAGCAUCCCUUCUUGAUCGCGAGAAAUAUCAGGGAGGUUGGAUCUUGGCAAGCAUCUUCGGACAAUCUAGAGAAUUCGUUACUGGCAAGAUCGAAGAAGAGGACGAAGCAAACAUCGAAGCCGCAACUGCUCCACUUAGAUCGCUUGCUCGGAAGAAAUCCAUUUCGUCGCAAAAUCUUACAUAUGUAGGAAGCGAUGAGAAAUCAGAAAAAUCAGCCGCUCACCCAAAUGCAUUUCGAGCAAGAUCAUCGCAAUUAAGAGAAAUGAAUUUCUGGUCCCCAACAUCGAUGUAAACCAAUGUAGUAAAUUGUUAUUCGUUUACAUCUUAAACUUAGUUAAUUAAUAGUGAUUGAUUCAGAAAGGAUUUUUUUUUUGAAGGAAAGCAAGAUAGAAAUAUAUACAUAUUAUUGUCACUUUCUGAGUUUUUUAAAAUCAACAAAUGAACGCAUUGAUAAAACGAAAAAUACACAAAGAAGAGCAACUUCUUGCUCGUUAUUUUUCAUAUAUUCUUAACAAUGUGCUUAUUAUAGUUAGUACAAUUAAUAUUUAAUAACGUAUUUAUGCUUAUUCUUUCUUUUUUCUAUUUUUUUGGCUUUUAAUUAAUACUAUUAAAUAAAGAUGUUCUUUCUUUAAUAGUGAAAUCCUAUCAUAAUGAUGAUGACAUAGGUCAGGAAUACAAAAGGAAAUAUUUGUGUAUCGAAAACUAUGGUUUUUUUAUAAAGCCUCGAGGAGCGAGGGAGGUACUUAUAUUCUGUGAAAACGAAACAUAAUUAUUUUUAAAUGAUCCAUCGCUUGACAAACUUAACUAAUCACCGAAGACAUUUCAUUUUUAAUUUUUGGAGAAAAAAGAAAAGUGAAGUAGGGAAAAUGUUAUGUCAUAUGUAUACGUUUAUAUAUUAUUUUUUAUAUUUAUAGAAUAGAAGUGAUCUUGGAAAAAAUAAAAUUACUUGAAUGUUGACCAUUGUUCGAAAAGCCUGUGUUAAAAAAAAUAUAGAUAAAGUGAAAUAUGUAAAAAUAUAUACAAAUUACAAUGCGCGAAGUCUGUGGAUGUUUUGAAAAUAAUGAUUAUCGUGUAGUAUCGAGUGAAUAGUUUAUCGAUAGUAAUAUAAUAUUUUUCGAUCCCGAUAACAUAAUUGUUAAGAAACAUACUGAAACACUGAAAUGGAGAUGCUUUUGUUACGCAUUCGAGAACACGAGGUCUAUUCGAAUAUGAAAAUUAUAGUAUCAAUUAACUUGUUACGAUAAUGUAAAAAAUAGUGGAAUUAUUAAUUAAUGAUCUCGGUAUAUUAUUCCCGACAUUCCUACAGCUUGAGAUGGAGAAUUGUUAGGUAACUCUAUUCAUAUGUACGAUCUAUGUAAUCGAUAUGACAAUCGGAGACACUAUUGGUGUUAAUGAUAUAUCACGGGAAUCACCUCAUAUGUUGUUGCAGUACAAUCAGCCAACAAAUCGUUAGUAUGUGUUAUUAACAAGAAUAUGUUCUACUGUAUUUUACAGAGAAAUAAUAAAUAAAUAAAACCUAUUGUA